AUGGUUGUACCGCCUCAAUCUAAUGCUUCGAGCUCUGCUGUGGAUGCGGAAAGCAGCUCCGUAGCGCGAGCAGCGUUCACGAAAGAGGCUCUGCGCGCAGGGGUGAUGGCGGGACUUGGCCAUCCCGACUCGAGCGUGGUCACCGCGGAAAUCCUGGGGCAAGAGGUUCUGCGCUUCAUUACUCGAAGGGAUCGUCCAACUGCUGCCAUUGUGCUUCAGCGCGCGAAAUCUGCGCAGGAAGCUGCCGCUGCCGUCGCAUACACUCUCAGCUUAGACGCGCUCGAAUUGGCUUGGUCGAUGCUUCAGACGGAGACGCGCCUAGCUCUUCGUCACAACGACCCGAACUACGUCUUCGACCUCAGAGUCUACAUAUCCUCGCUCUUGCCGACCUUGAAGUUCCCAAACGGGACUUGGGAUUAUGCGAAAGUCCGGGAUUAUAUGUCGAUGGGGUGGCCGGUUGAGCAGCAGACUAGGAGGGAACUCAAGAUGGAAGAACUUGGCCCGUGUCAAUGGUGGCACGCCUUACGGUAUCUGCGAGGCGGUGUCUUGACCCGCGGUGAUAUCAAGCAAGGCGCCCUGGAGUACUUGAGGCACGCGACGGCGACGUAUGCAUCAUUUUCGUCAACUCGUGCAGCACAAUCCGCCGGGCAGGGCAUGCCAGCCGACGACGUGCGGAAUCGCGCUGUGAACUUCGCCGGCCGUCCCUCUCGUCAAGCUGCAGACGCCUCGCUGGCAGCCCUGCAGGCUGCCAUCGUUGUAGACGACCACGACGACGACAACUAUGUCCCACCAGCGCCGGCCGGUUCAAAUGCGGCGCAUGCUGCCCCCGACGCGCAGCAUUCGCGAGGCCCCAGUGCUGCUCCCUCGCCGCCCCCGGCCACUACACGCACCGUGAUCAAGAAGCCGUCGUCGCCGUGGCUGCGGCCAAUUCGUUUUAUUGGCGACGUGACGUUCAAGAUCAUUGACUACGAUGCUCAUGAAGCUCGGCUAUGCAACCGCCCGGCCGGCUCGACCGUGAGGGAGGUGGAGUUAUGGGAGUUGCCCGAGAUGCACGGUCUUGAUCGACGUCGCAUACUCAUUGUCUUAUUUCGGGUACCAUGUGGUAGAUGUGUCACGGCAGGCUGCCGGUGUAUCUAUCGGGGUAAUGACGCCUGCCUCAACUGCUUCUGGUCGAAAUGCAAGUGUAGUGGCGGGACCCCGCCAGAUCUGCACAAUGCGCUGGUCAGAGCCGCAAAGCCAGACAUCACUCUACGUGUGGCGUUGUUGACGAGAAUGGAAGCUAAGGGCUUGAAAUGGCCCAGCAACAUCGAACGCAAUGGCCGCAUAACGACGGGUCUGCCCGCUAUGAGUCUUGACGACGCAAACGCUGCGCACUCCGCUGCCGCGCCAUCGCCGGCUCGGUCUCCCGCUGCCGCACCAUCGCCGGCUCGGUCUCCCGCUGCCGCACCAUCGCCGGCUCGGUCUCCCGCUCCCGCACCGUCGCCGGCUCGGUCUCCCGCUCCCGCAACGUCGCCGGCUCGGUCUCCCGCCCCCGCACCGUCGCCGAUUCCAUCGCCCCCCCCUGCCUCUGGGCGCAUGCCAUGGCCGGCCAACUCCGCUUUGCGCGGCGCAGAGCCGGGGUCGAUUGCUCCCGCCGUUGGCGCCCGGCGUGCAAGCUCGUCGCCGAGAGCAGUUGCAGAGCAGGCAGCAGGUGACUGUCUUCCGGGGAGUAGGAGCGAAGCCGAUCGCGCGACGCUAGAUCACACCUCGUCGGACCAGGCGGCCAGCCGGCCAGAUACGCACAAUGCGGGCACGAUGGCAGCGUCGACGACGGCAUCGCAAGGUCCUGCCCCUCAGAUAUCUGCUAUGGCCGGCGCAGCACCGUCGCCGCCCACCGGCAAUCAGCAUCCCGUGUCAUCCCAGCGUCGCGCAGACGAGAGAGACACGCAGGCUAUGGUGGCGGUGCAACCCCACGAUCACGUUAAAGAUGUUGGCGAGGAUGGGCCGCGCCAGAAGAAGCAUGUCUCAUCUUCCGUCACGCGCUCCGUCUCGGGCGAGAGCGUUCGGAGUCAGCCUUCUGCCGAGCAUGGCCCUGCUUCACGAGCAUCGACAGCAGCGCCGCCGUCACGUCGGUGGACGAUGUCGCCAAGCGAUGUGAACGAUUCCGUCCAGCCGCCCCCUCCGCCGGCUACGAAGGGAGCCGUGAAGGACAAGGGCAAGGCGCCGGCAAUCCCGACGGCCGAUUCUCGACCACGUCGGCUCGUAUUCAACAAUAUUCCGCCCGGCGGUCGCCCAAUACCGCAACUUGGCUCUGUGACCGAAUAUCCCUUCCGCCCAAGGUCUGUAAUCCCUGAUGGCGAUAUGACCGUCGACGGCGCCCCGAAUAUCUCGCACCCGCAACCAUCGCAUGCCAUCCCUCCCCUGAGCAGCAUGAAUCUUCACGGCGACAUCAUGCUGGCAAAUCGUCUCGAGUUCAGCGUACGUCAGGAGUUCCGGGAUGGUCGCGAGCAGUUGCGUCACUGGACCACUGGGACUCUACUGCCCGACGUCGUGCUGCCAAAGCUUGCUGCGCAACAUGCUCCGACCAUGCAGAAGCUUGAUAGGCUUCUCGAAGGUCAAAGAGAGGCGAAUGCGAAGGUCGAGCGGAUGCAGGUGGAUCAGAUCAGUGUGGGUGAGAGGCAGGCGCGCGUCGAGCAGAGACUUCUGGCGUUGGAGGAGCAACGCUUCGCAGCAGGAUCGACGAGAUCGGUUCCGAGUGGGCCCAGUGCCCACGGUAGAACGCCGCAGGUGUCUCAGCCGCGGCUUGCAGGUCACGCCAGUCGCGUCGACAGCGCCUCCGAGCAACCUGUUAGUCUGGCAGACGUCGGGCGCCUCAUUCUGGGGCUGCAGAGUCAGAUGGCCGGCCUCCCAGAUCAGUUUCGCCAAGAAUGGCAAAAGGAGACGGCAGCCAACGCUGAGUCCCUCGUCGGCAUCCGUCAAGAUCUCUCGGCGCUCACUAGUCGCAUGGAUGGCUUUGAGUUGCGCUUCGGCGCCAUGGAGAUCAGCGUAGAUGGCUCAGGACGCAGGGGCGCCGGCAACUCUAACCCUGGCCGUCGCUCAGGGUCGCCAAGCGCCUCAGGCGUAGCUGCGUCAGCACUAGAUGGCGACAUGAUGGAAGAUAUCCAGCUUCAGCUAGCGGAACGUUCCACCGAGGCGGCCACCGGACCUGACGGGACCUCGUCGGCGCCUGACUUUGGAGACACCCGUGACGGGCAUCAAGUUGAGGAACUUACCGCCCCCGGUGCUCCCACGGUCUGCCCUGAUGGCGGCGCUCAGAUUGCCUUGCCUGCGGCUGCUAACGCCCUGGCACACCCCGGUCAUCAGCUCGCUGUAGCGCAGGAAGGAACUGCUGACUGCGGUGGGGUGAGCAGCGGGGGAACCAGGAUCGGCACUCCGCCCGGCACCAGUCUGACGCCGAGCCGGGACUUCGCGCCGUCUUCCCACAGCUCGCCGUCUCGGCAUCUCCCAGGUUCUCGUUCGUCGUCUGGCACACCAGUCCCGCGGCAGAUGCCUGCCCCGGCGCUCGCGCCUGCAACCGCAUCGCCCAUGUCCCCGCUGAGCGAGGUCUCUGAGCGAGGCGCCUCUUCCCACGAAGACGACGGCGACGAGGAAAUGGAGGACGCCGCUGCCUUUAGGGGGCAGAAACGCGGCGCGCAGGACAUCGAAGGUGCAGACGCAGCGCCGUCCCCCAAGCGCCCCCGCGCCCCUUCCCCGAGUGGAUCCGAUGUUGAUGCUGAGGGGGAUACCGAUGCCGAAGAUGACCAGACCCUCGUGGCCGACGAUAGCCGGUCAGUUGGAACCCGCGGCAGUCGUCGCCGUCGGCCGGCGCCUGGGCCUCCUACGCGUCGUCAACCUCCUCGCAGCGCCGCCUCCGCCUCCGCCCAUGUUUGA